CUGCCGACGGGCGUCUUCGUCCGCGCGUUCCAGGAGCGGUCCGACCUGCUGCGCUGCGUCAUCGUCGGGCCCGACGGCACGCCCUACGAGCGCAUGGUCUUCGCCUUCGACCUGCAGCUGCCCGCCGCGUACCCGAAGGAGCCGCCGGCGAUGCACUACCACUCCUGGGGCAUCACGGAGCGCCUGAACCCGAAUUUGUACGAGAACGGCAAGGUCUGCCUGUCGCUGCUGGGCACGUGGUCGGGGCCGGGCUGGGACCCGGAGUCGUCCACCGUGCUCCAGCUCCUCGUGUCGCUCCAGGGCCUCGUGCUCGUCGACAAGCCCUACUACAACGAGCCGGGCAACGAGAAGCACGCGGGCACGCUCGAGGGCGAGCAGCAGGCGCGGUCCUACAACGAGAACGCCAAACUACUGUCGCUCCAGGCGACCAUCUCCGCGGCGAAGCGGCCGCCC